UUCAUUCUUUAAAUCGUGAUUGCCUUUGAUGUAUUUACUUCUGUCAAAUCUUUUUAGAUUUCGUCUUAUUCAGUUUUUUGGUUCGUAGUUAGUCAGAAAACUUCAAAAUUCAACAUGCAAAACGACGCAGGAGAAUUCGUUGACUUGUAUUGCCCAAGAAAAUGUUCAGCUAGUAACCGUAUCAUUCCUGCAAAAGAUCAUGCUUCUAUUCAGAUCAAUUUGGCUGAAAUAGACUCGUCAACUGGCCGUAUUACUGGAAAUCACAAAAUCUUCACCAUUAGUGGAGCUAUCCGUCGAAUGGGAGAGUCUGAUGACUGCAUAACAAGGUUAGCCAAGGAACAUGGGAUUGUAGCAAAGAAUUUCUAGGGUUACUUAUGUUAUGAAUUUAUUCUAUUUUAAUAUGUGAAUAAUAAAAAAAAGAUCCAAAACUA